GAUGGAUAGAUUUAGUGCAGAGGUUAUUAAAUCUCAUAAUAAAUGUCGUAGGCAACAUAAUGUAGCAGAACUGCGACAUAGUAAGGAUUUAAGUAUAUUAGCUCAGAAGUGGGCAGAUCAUUUAGCAUCAAUAAAUCGACCUAUCCACUCAAAUGACACAUAUAAAGGUGAGAAAUUAGGAGAAAAUGUAGCUAGAGUAUGGAGAUCUAUAGGUGCUGAACAUACUGGUCAAGAAGUAACAAAGGAAUGGUAUAGUGAAAGAACUAACUAUGACUUUAAAUUAGGAAAAUUUACAACUGGUGUUGGUCAUUUCACCCAACUCAUCUGGAAAGAUUCGAGAGAAAUUGGCGUUGGUAAGUCUCUCACACGGGAUGGACAAAUCUUUGUUGUUUGCAAUUAUUAUCCUUCUGGAAAUAUUUAUGGAAAAUUCACUGAAAAUGUUUUUCCACCAAAAUAUAAUUUUUUUACAACCUUUUUUUAA